AUGCCCCCACAAAGCAAAAAAAAAAAGCGUCUUCCGGCCCCCCAAAUAAUCCUCGUCACAGGAGCCAACAAAGGCCUCGGCCUAUCCAUCAUCCAAGUCGUCGCGCAGCGCGAGUCCCCAACUCCACGCAACACCUGCAUCCUCUGCAGUCGGGACAUCGACGCGGGACAGAAAGCAGCUCAGGAACUGAGAGCCCAGGGGUAUGUGACGGGGGACGAGCAGAUUGCUGCGGCGGUUAAGUACGUGGAGGAGACUUAUGGGAGACUUGAUGUCCUAAUCAACAACGCCGGCACGCUCAUCACGCCCCCCAACACCACCACCACUACCACCUUCCCCAACCUCCCCACAACCCGACAAUCCUACAACGCCAUCCUAAACCUGCACAUCACAUCCAUCGCCCUAACCACCCUAUCCUUCACAGCCCUACUACACCAAUCCCCCUCCCCAAAAGUGAUCAACAUCUCCUCCGACAUCGCCAGCAUGCAAAAUGUCCUAACGGCAACCACCAACGCGCCCCGCCAUCCGCCCUACGCCGCAAGCAAGAUCGGAAUGAAUGGGUUGACGGUCCAUAUGCAGGUGAGCGAGGAUGAUCGCGUCAGAGAGGAGGGCGCGAUGAAGCCACGCAUUCGAUUCUAUGCGGUGGCACCGGGGCCGUUAAAGACGGGGUUUAAUGGGUUUAGCGGGCCGAGGGCGCCGGAGGAGGGGGCGGAGGUGGUGGUUCGGUUGGUGAGGGAUGAAGGGGUGUUUGAGGGGGGGAUGAGGGUAGUGCCGUGGUAG